UUUCUUUUUUUUUUUCUUUUUCCUUCUCAUACAAAUUUUUAUUUUAUUUUAUUAAGGCUUCUUUAAAACGACAUCAUCUCAAUUUUAUAGGUGCAGCAGCAAAUCUACGCAAGGAGGUUAUAAGAAACAAGAUCAGAGCCAUCGGCAAAAUGGCGCGUGUUUUCUCCGUCCUAAGGGAGGAGAGCGAAAGCGUGCUGCAAUUGAAAGGUCUCACACCUACCGGAGCCUUACCACUUGGCGCGUUAUCUGGUGGAAAGACGUCCUUGAAAAAUGCUCUCCAAGGGUUCUCACCGAAUCACAAGAUCACUUCAUUCGCUGAAGCGAAGGGUUUAGAUGCCAUAAACGAGAGGAUGCCACCGAGAAAGGACGCCCCACCAACGCCCGUGAACGAGGAAAAGCCGUCGACUCCUGUUGGAGACAAGCGAGACCACAGCACACCGCAACCGCAAUCGUGAGCCUCACACACGUCCAAUCAAGACGGCGAGGAUGGGCCUUAAGUCCCAAAUGCUGUCAUCGCCACCGCCGCCACCAUCACCGCCACCACCGCCACUACCAUCACCACUACCUCCACUACCACCGCCACCACCACCACUACUACUACCACUACUACUACCACCACCGUCACCACCACCACUACAACCACCACAUAAGAUACAAAACAUUACUUGUCCAACACGGCUGUUAUCACAGUUGCGCCAAAUUCAUCGAGCGCAGAAGUCGUCGUCACAGACGCAAGAAGGAAAAGGAAGUGGAGGAGGUGGAGGAGGAAGAGGUAGAGGAGGAAGAAGAGAAGGAAGAGGAGGAGGAGGAGGAGGAGGAGGAAGAGGAGGAGGAGGAGGAGGAGGUUGAACAAGUUCGAAAAUAAGGAGAGAAAAUGGUGAAGAAGGGGAAUCAUCGUCGUCAUCGUUGUCGUCGUCAUCGUCGUCAUUAUUCGUCGUCAUUGUCGUCAUAUGACAAAGAAAGGAAACCAAAUAGAAGAAUAAAGAAACAAGAACAAGAAAAAGAAGAAGCAAAAAAAAAAGAGAAAGAAGAAAAAUGAUGAAAAAGAGAAGGAAGAGAAAGUGUUUCGAGAGUAGAAAAAAAAAAAAAAGCCUCCUCCCCCCCUUUUUACCCCGAGGAUAUUAUACGAAUAAAAGAAACUCUCGCGUUUAACGGAAAAGAAUCCUCGACUUGUAUCGCGAUAAAAAUGGCGCGUGCACGACGUCUUCGAUCUCCUUUUCUCUUCAUUAUCUUUACAUCGAUGUAUAUCUUCUAACUAUCUAUUUAACUAUUUCUAUUUCUCUUUCUCUCCCCCCUCUCUUUCUCUCCCUCUCUCUCUCUCUCUCUCUCUCUCUCUUUUUUUCUCUCUCUCUCUCUCUCUCUCUCUCUCUAGUUCUCUUUUCUUCUUCCUUUUUCUUCUUCUUUUCACCUUCUUUUUCUUCUUCUUUCUAUAUCUUUUACAUUCUUGCUUCCCUUUUAUAGUCUCCUUUUUCCUCUGGAAACUUGUAAUGUUCAAUAAAACAUGAACGUGUGUUAUUCGUCAUUUAUAAUAGAUGAUUACCAAUUAGAAAGAUUAAGAGAGAUAAAAAGUAAAAAAGAGAGAGAAAAGAGAGAGAGAGAGAGAGAGAGAGAGAGAGGGAGAGAAAAAGAGAGGGGGGAGAAGAAGGAUAUUAGUGUCAAGGAGAAAAUUAAUUAACAGGACGUCUUGCUCGCGCGUUAAAAACGAAUAAAAACGAAAAAGUCGAGAUAUAGAAGAAAAAAAAAAAAAAAAUAUAAUGGAAAGAAAGAAAAAGAGAAAGAGAGACAGACGAGGAAAACGUACGAGCUCUAUCUCCGCCGAAGAAACAAAGAGUAAAUAAAUAAAUAAAUAAAUAAAUAAAUAAAUAAAUAAAUAAAUAAAAAAAAAAGAAAUAAAAUAAAAUAAAAUAAAAAAGAAGGCAGCUGGCCUGUCGUCAAGGCGGAGCUUCCGGUUUUAGGAUUUACUAGAUUCUUAAAUGAGAGCCCGCCCUGGGCUGCUGUGGGUACACACACACACACAAAACAAACAAACAGAGAGAGACCGCGCGUGACCCACGACAGAGGAUGGGUUUUACUUAAAUCUUAAGUCGAAAAAAAAAAAAACAAAAAAAGUUAAGCUUUAGGGUUAAAACUCGUAAGUUAUAUCGGAGAAUUUAUUUAAUAUACACGUACAUUAUAAAAAUUAUAUAUAUAAUAUUAUCUCAUCAUUAUUAUUAUGAUCAUUAUUAUUAUUACUACUAUUGCUACUAUUAUUACUAUUACUCUGAUUAUCGUCGUCAUCAUUAUCAUCAUCAUCAUCAUCAUCAUCAUCAUCUUAUCAUAUCAUCAUCAUCAUCAUCGUUAUCAUCAUCAUUGUCAUCGUCAUCGUUAUUAUCGUGAUCGUCAUUUUCAUUGGCGCAAAUCAUCGCUAUUUCCCUUUCUUAACAACUUUACCGGCAUUAUCGUAAUCGUCUAUAUCGACAUCAUCAUUCACGUUAAUACGGUACAAUCCUCACAGAUGGCGCGUCCGUCGUCCAUCGCGUUGGCUCGAAAAAAAGCAGGAAACAUUUUAUUUUUUUCUCUAUGUAAUAUUCCACUUCUUUUCUUUCCUUUUAUAGGUGCGUUUUAUUUAUUUAUUGUCCUUUUCCUUUUUUUUCUUUUUCCUUAUUAUUAUUUUCCCUAAAUCAAGUCCUACAUAUUUCUUUUUUAUUUUUUUUUUUUUUUAAUCGGAAAAAUUUCAUUCCCAUGAUGGAAACUUCGAAAAAGCGGACGCGAACUAGUUGCUAUUAUUAUUAUUAUUAUUAUUAUUAUUAUUAUUAUUAUUAUCGUCGCGUCGUCACGUUUGUGCGUUUAUAUAUAUAUAUAUAUAUAUAUAUAUAUAUAUAUAUAUAUAUAUAUAUAUAUAUACACACAUCUUAUGUCAUACAUUCGUUGAUAUUAUAUCGCGAAAUGAUUACCUCUCCUCUCCGUUCCUCGAUUUUAAUAAUAAUAAUAAUAAUAACAAUAACAAUAAUAAUAAUAAUAAUAAUAAUAAUAAUAAUAAUAAUAAUAAUAAUAAUAAUAAUGAUAAUUAAUUUCAAUGAGAAUAAAACCCUUUAUCCCGUUAUAGUUUAUUUUUAUUAAUUUAUUAUUAUUAUUAUUAUUUUUUUUUUUUUUGUUUUUGGUUUUGGUUUUAUUUUCUUUUCUUCUCUUCUUAUUCGUUUUCCUUUCUUUCGAGCCACUCACGAUGCUUUGAGUACACGACGUUAAAAAAAUCUCAAUCGAUCCGAACGUAUUCUCGAUAUACAAUAUCCAUUACGCAUAUGUAUUUCAUAUAUGCAUUUAAUAUAUCUCGAGAAGACUCAAAGGAUUCGCACAACUUCAGUCAAGCUCGGGCAUUCACGCGAGUGCGUUCGGAAUAUUUCUAUUUCCCUCUCUUUUUAAAAUUUCCUUUUUUCUAUUCUCCUUUCUCCUUUUUCCUUCUUCUUCUUCUUCUUCUUCUUAAUCUUAUAUCUUAUUCGUCGUCGUCGUCGUCGUCGUCGUCUUUUCAAUUUUACAUAUAUACAUCCCCUUUCUACCUUCACCUUUAUCUAUUUGCACACUAACUAAUCCUUCUUCUUCUCUCGCCGAAAUGGAUUAGAAAAUGAAAGGGAACUCGCUCGAAAAGGAUCGUCGUGAAAACAAAAGUUUAGAAAUCUCGUAGAAAUAUUUUCUUUUUUUUUUUUUUUUUUCUUUUUUAUCUUUAGGGGAUGGAACGAAUGACGGGGAAAGACAACAACAACAACAACAACAACAACAAAAA